GUUAUGACCACCUUGUAAUAUGUAUUCCCGCUCUUCAUCUACACAAAACCCUAAACCCCGAAACCAGUGAAGCCAAAAAAAUCCAAGUAUAGCUGCUUCUGUUUUUUGCUGUUUUUGGGUUCAACAACUGAAUUGACAAGACGGGUCUUCCUGUGUGGAUGCUUGGGUUGGGCGUGGAUCGGUUGCGGGCCGACAUGAAUCGUUUACUGGCCUUACUCUUCCACCAGGGAGUAUUGGAUGAGCAGUUCUUGCAGCUUCAGCAGCUACAGGAUGAGAGCUCCCCGAACUUUGUCUCCGAGGUUGUUAACAUCUACUUCCAUGAGUCGGAAAAGCUCUUAAAACACCUUAGAGGAUUCUUGAUGGAGAGGGAGUUUUCGGACUACAAGAAAAUGGGAAUCCAUUUGAAUCAGUUUAUGGGAAGCAGCUCCAGCAUCGGCGCCAAGAGAGUCAGAAACGUUUGCGUCGCUUUUCGCGCCGCUUCUGAACAGAACAACCGUGCCGGGUGUUUGAGAGCUUUGGAGCUGCUAGAACAUGAGUAUUGCUACCUGAAAAACAAAUUGCACGAACUGUUCCAAUGGGUUGGCUGAUAUAUACAGAUACAACAGCAGAGAGUUUUGGCAGCCGGAGUUAUAUACCCGAUGCACAACUAAUAACUGGUGGGCAUUUGAGUGGCGCCCUGCUGUUCGAGGUUCUUCGCUAAAAACCAAGCUAUGAUCCCCCAAAAGAGAGAUGGGUAAUGGUACUUUGAUGAGUUUUGAUGCGGACUGUCACCUCCGUCAGCUAGCUGCGUCUCUUGACUCUUGAAUGUAGAGUUGUUUGUUUUGAAUAAUAAUGCCUGGCUGUGAGUUUGAAUGCGAAUGAA